CUUUCUCUCCCCCUCCUCUCUCGCCCACUGCUCAUUUGCCAGAACCAGAACUCUGGCAACCGACUAGAGCAUUGUGUCUUCUUGGCAAAGAAGAGUGAUAGGGAAAGACAGCCUGGUGAAAGACAGAGAGGUGAGAAUGACAUAAGGACGGCGGGGACCAGCCGAACCAUCAAUAUCCGAGCUUUGAAAACAUCUUUUUUUUUUCCAAAGGAGAAACUUCCCAACCAAAGAAUCUCAGUGUUUGAGCUUAAUUCCAACCUCGUGUCUAAGUCAUUUUUCCUUUUUUUCUUUAUAUCUAAUAAAAAAAGGGUUUUCAUCUAUAGACAAGGAUAUUUUUUGAGAUUUGAUUGUCAGACUGUGCCGGUUCUGGCCUCAGACUCUGACAGACAGCCGCCGCCGAGCUGCAGAGGAAUGCGAGUGACCUGAAGGAGGACGAGACGACGUACGCAGAUACAACAUGUGCGUUGGCAGAGCAGUUGAACUCUGACGGAUCUCGCACGGCAGACGCCUCCAGCCACAUUGGAUGUCACUAUGUGUCUACUCUUUGAUAUCGACCCAAUCUCCAAGGAUCUGUGGCGUUUUGAAUCCGUACAAGGAUUUUGAGUCACAUCCUCAAAGUACACGCAGACACAGACAGAUAAACGGAUGGACUCAUAAAGACCCGGCGCGAGAGACUCAUCCGUAUCCGUAAAUUUGCCAAUCAGGAUGCACAGUGAGAAAAAGGCCCAGUUCACGUAGAGAUACGGCAGCCCGCUGUGAGGACUGCAAUGUUUCCCACUGAAAUGUGCUCCUGAGAACACUGAAAAGAUAGUGAGUAAGGCUUUAUCACAUUACAAGUAAUGGAGGCUACGUGUCCAUAUCUGGUAUAUGCUUUGCAGACUCUGAGGUACACGAGUGAAGCAGACUAAACCUUGCAGCCCCAUGAAAGAUUAAAAAAAAAGGCUUGCAUGCUGACCCUUUCACCAAGUGGUGAAAAAGAUGCAUCUUGGGUAACGGAGGCAUGCAAAAUAGUGGAAAUUUCCAGAAGGAGGAAAUAAAGGAAGGAGGAAUAAAGAACUCAUACAUGCGGAGAGGUGAAACGUGUGAGUAGGAACAGCUUCUGGUGGCGGACAUGAACGUAUUACUUUAUCUCAAACUCAUUUAAGAUAGAUAACGAGGCUGACGCACGCAGUCUGGGCAGUUCGGAGGAACAGAGGCUCCAGAACUUUACCACCAUGAUGGAAAAGAUGAACUCCAGCGCUCCACCUGCCUCACCUCAUGAUCUACCUCUGCCCUCCUCCUCCUCCUCCUCCUCCUCCUCCUCCUCCUCCUCCUCCUCCUCCUCCUCCUCUGCCUCCUCCCCAUCCUGCGCAUCCAUGGAGCAGCCCAGUCCCCUCCAGAGCCGGCCUCCGGCAUCCUCCGAUGCCAUCAGAAGCUCCCAUCCUGUGAAAAAAGCCGACGUCCCGACCACCACUUCUACUCAGCCUCCCAUCACCUUGACAACGGUGUUAACCAGUCACAAAACGGAUACAGCCGCUGCACCUGACCCUCCCGUCAUGGAUGUGGAGGACGAGGAGGGAGAGAAGCUACACAGGUCCAAAAGCACGGCCGUGGCGUCAACAAACGGGUCGCCGACUCUGUCCUCCCCGCCUCCGCUUCUCCCGGCUCCGGCCAAGACCUCCCCGUGCCCUCUGCCCACGUCCACCUCCACCGCAGCCUUCCCCUCGUCCUCGUCCUCCACUCUUCUCCCGCACAUACCGGUCAUCAGCCUCAGUCACAGCAAGCCUCCUCUCCCGCUGCCCAACACCCCUUUGACCGCCCUCCACCCGAUUCCCAACCUCAUUCACGGGGACGUCCGCCGCGGCCAGCAGACCUGCCUGCCCAUGCUCAGCCCUGGAGCCCCGGGGUUGCCCGGGGGCCCCGGGGGCCCCGGAGGCCCCUCGGCUGCUUCCCCCGGCCUCCUGCUGGCGCAGCAGUACAUGCCUGCACACCCCUUCCUCCCCAGCUCCUACCUGGGACCCUCGGGAGGAAGCUAUGGCAUCAUCAACAGCAGUCGCAUCAAGAGGAGGCCGUCAUCACACUUUGAGAUGGAGCUUAGCGACUGCCCUCCUCAGAAACUCGCCCGCCGUGUCUUCACCAACAGCCGCGAGCGCUGGCGGCAGCAGAAUGUGAACGGAGCGUUCUCCGAGCUGAGGAAAUUAAUCCCCACCCACCCACCUGACAAGAAGCUCAGCAAAAACGAAAUCCUGCGUCUGGCUGUGAAAUACAUCAACUUCCUGGUCACCCUGCUCAACGACCAGGACAAGACGAGGGACUCGGAGGAGGACGACACCGAGGACGAGAGCACCGCCGCUGCCGGGCUGGACGGCCGCAGACAGAAGCCCCCCGCCGCGCCGUCGGCCCACAGGGACUCAACGGACUCGGUCAUCGCCUUGGCUUCCCCGGCGACCUCCAGUUGCUACGGUGACACAGACAGUGAGGAAAACUUUGGGGCAAAGACCUCCAUGGUGGCCCAGGGCAUUCUGGGAAAGGUUAAAGGUCAGAUAAGGAUGGUGGCAGCCACAAACGAUGAGCGGUGACGAAAAGCGGCAGGAGCGUACAUGUGAAGCUGACAGAGUGGACACACAAGACACCAGAAGUGUCUGCGGUUUCCUCUUCCCUUGCAGUGUGUCCGAGUUGUGUGAAUGAGGAAGAGGGGAAUUUGUAAGUAUUUUGUAGUUUUCAAAGUUUUUCCAGAAAUGUGCAAGCGUUUAGUGUGAGUCUGUGCUUUAAUAAUCACCUGACAACUUAGAAGUGAGCUGAAGUGUGACGAAGUGUAAAUGAUUAAACAUUUCAAUCAAG